AUGAAGAAAAGUCAACAGUUGAUAUGUAAUUUUGAAGAUAAUUGUGAUGAUUUUAUAGUGGAUUCCAGUUGGGGUUUAACCAAUGGUUUUAAUCCAACACCACUCAAUUAUGAUCACACCUAUUACAAUGAAAGUGGACACUAUAUUUUUUACAUACCUAUUCAGAGGCCUUACACCUAUAGUAAAAUAAGUAGUAAAACAUGGAUAGAACCACCAUCAGAUAAAGUAAUGUGCUUAAAUCUCUACUAUUAUGCUCCGCAAGUAGUACCAUUUUAUAUUGAUAUUGUUCGUGGUGAUCAAGGAGAGCUAAUUAAUACGGUUGAGACAAUUCAAACACCUGCUCUUAAUUGGACAUUAGUUUCUGUAACAUUGCCAAGUGAAAAAAUUAAAAUUAAUAUUAAAUUAAAUUCCACUACUGGAGUUCUAUUAUUUGAUGAUAUUUCUAUUGAUUAUUGCAUUGGUCCUCUGCCAUCUCCAACAAAAAGCUUGUACAAUUGUGAUUUUGAAUCAGAUACAUGUGGAAUUGUCACAUUAGCAAAUUAUCCUUAUUUAUGGAACCAAACCAUUGCUUCAGAUGCAAUUACCAAAGAUCCUUAUGCUCCAUUGACCGAUUUCACCUAUAAAAACAGUUCUGGUCAUUACUACUGGUCAGAUACAAAACAAUAUCAGAGAGUCAUCGGUGGAGCGGGAUAUUUUGCAACGCCCAGUCUCAUAUUGCCAUCAAAUAUAACAAGCUAUUGUCUAAAUUUCGAAUACUACGCUUUUGGGCCCCGACAACAGAAUUCUAACUUAAGAGUACUUGCAUGGACCAAAUCAACAACCAAUGUCUUAUAUCGUCUAUGGCCGCCUCCAUCACAAAGUCAAUACUCGUAUAGGAAUGAUCAAUGGACAUGGGGUAUUAUUAAUUUACCUAUUGGCGAAUAUUCAUUGUUAUUUCGGAUCGAUAACCAAGACAUUGUUCCAUCCUCGUUUGCUAUUGAUAAUCUUAAUGUAACAACUUGUCAAUAUCCGCUUACAACGCUUAACAAUUAUUCGACUGUUUUGAGUUUUUCGUGUAAUUUUGAUGACAAUAAUGAAUGUGGAAUGGAAAAUUGGUAUGAUACAUUGCAGCCGGAUCCAUUAGCAAAAAAUUAUACUCUUCAAAAUGGAAAUACAAUUCCGGAUAAAGAUUUGGGACCGUUGAUUGAUCAUACAACAGGAACGGAGGAUGGCUCGUUUCUCUAUUGGCAUAAUACAUUACCAUAUGAACCAAAUGUCCAUGGUCGCAUGCAAACACUCAGAAUCGAAACUAAUGCUGGCUCGUGUGUUCGAUUUUCCUAUUAUGUGAAAUCAAAAGGUACGAAUAACGGCACAUUAAUCAGUGCUUACGCUGCAGGUUGUUAUGGAAAAUAUUUAUGGUUGCUUGAAUUAGAUGAUAGUAAAGGAUGGCAAACAAUCACUGCAUCAUUCGGUGCAUAUGCAUGCACAGAAGCAGUCUAUUUCGAAAUUAAACAGAGUACAAUAGCACCAGUUGCUUACGCAAUCGACGAUAUCAUGGUUGAUCAAUGCACAAAUCUUCCCGCAUUAAGUACAACUACAGUAACAACAAGUACAACAAGUACAACUAGUACCACUCAUACAACAAGCAAUCAAACAUCUACAACAAGCACAACAGGAUCAACAUCAAUAACUAUAACAACUUCUACUUCGUCGCAAACCACAUCUGCUACUUCAACUUUUACAUCUAUCGCUUCGUCGACGAGAAAUGAGGCCGUUCAGAAUAAAAUUAAUUUGAAAAACGCUCUUCUUUCUAUGAGUUUUUUCAUUAUAUUCAUGUAG